AUGUUAUUGGAGUUUAAUUUGGGAAAAGUUCCUAUAUGUGAAGUAUGUUUAAAUAAUAAAAUUUACAAGUAUAAUUAAGGUUUAUCCGAUGAUUAAACUUAGUGUUUAACUUGUCCAAGAUAUUGUUCUUUUUGUAUUGAAUAAAGUGAAGUAUAAAUUAAUAAAUUAAAUCCUAAUUUUAUUUAUGAGGAUUCUAUUUUUAAAAGAUAUAUUUAAAAAUGCGUUAAAUGCUUAACUGCUGAUGAAUUAUGUGAUAGAGAAUAAGCAAAAGAAGGAUUAGGUUAUAAAUGUCUUUCUGAAGCUAAUAAAGAAGUAAUUGUUUUAAGUAUUAAAUGA